ACUUAUGAUGGUGGUGAUGAUGAUGAUGAUAAUGGCACUGCUGAUUUUUAACCGGAUUAAAUCGAGUUUUUCUGAAUGUUCCUGAGCAUUUCUCCUGCCUCCUGAUUGACUUGGGAGUUUUGCAAUAUUGGAGAGAGAGCUGAGGCAUUAGCAUUUUUAAGUGGAUUGAUCCCAUAAACCUUUUCUCUCCCAACCCCACCCUCACCCCCAUCCCUUUCCCCACACUCAAAGAAUUUGACUGGCUGCUUAAGUCUGUGACCUAAUUUUUCCUGAUCUAUAACUUAACUGUUUUAGAGCAUCUCUGGACGUCUGUAUUUUUAAUUUUUUUUAUUUUUAUUUUUUAUUUUUAAUCUUUCAUUUGUUACAUUUUUAAACUGUGCUGCAAUAAAAUGUGUGUGGUACUUCUGAUCACCUAUGGUGGUGAUGGCAUUUUCCCCGAAAGCCAUCUUCUUCCUAUGCCCCUUGAAAUCCCCUCCUGCUCUUCAUGUACACUACCCCUCACAAACUACAAGCUGCAACACCAUGGAUUCCCAGUCUGGAGCAGCAGCAGCCAGGAUCACCUGGAGCCAAAGAAAGGGGUUCUUCGGAACAGAUGCAAACCCAUCCUGGGUGAUGCUUGUGGCUGUUUGACUUUUGUCAUCAAACACCAUGGCCAGCAAUGUCACCAACAAGACUGACCCCCGUUCCAUGAACUCCCGUGUCUUCAUUGGGAAUCUCAAUACUCUGGUUGUUAAGAAGACUGAUGUUGAGGCCAUCUUCUCAAAGUAUGGCAAGAUUGUAGGCUGCUCUGUUCAUAAGGGUUUUGCCUUUGUUCAGUAUGUUAAUGAACGAAAUGCCCGUGCUGCUGUGGCAGGAGAGGAUGGCAGAAUGAUUGCUGGCCAGGUGCUAGAUAUUAAUCUGGCUGCAGAGCCAAAAGUGAACCGAGGAAAAGCAGGUGUGAAGCGGUCUGCAGCGGAGAUGUACGGGUCAGUACCAGAACACCCUUCUCCGUCCCCUCUACUCAGCUCUUCCUUUGACCUGGAUUAUGAUUUUCAACGAGAUUAUUAUGACAGGAUGUACAGCUAUCCAGCACGUGUACCACCUCCUCCUCCUAUAGCUCGUGCAGUGGUACCCUCAAAACGCCAACGUGUGUCAGGAAACACUUCCCGCAGAGGCAAAAGUGGCUUUAAUUCCAAGAGUGGGCAGCGGGGCUCUUCAUCUAAAUCUGGCAAAUUGAAAGGUGAUGAUCUUCAGACAAUUAAGAAGGAAUUGACCCAGAUAAAACAGAAAGUGGAUUCUUUAUUGGAGAGCCUGGAAAAAAUUGAGAAAGAACAAAGCAAACAAACAGUAGAGAUGAAGAAUGAUAAGUCAGAAGAGGAGCAGAGCAGCAGCUCCCUGAAGAAAGAUGAGACUAAUGUGAAGAUGGAGUCUGAGGGGGGUGCAGAUGACUCUGCUGAGGAGGGGGACCUACUGGAUGAUGAUGAUAAUGAAGAUCGGGGGGAUGACCAGCUGGAGUUGAUCAAGGAUGAUGAAAAAGAAGCUGAAGAAGGAGAGGAUGACAGAGACAGCGCCAAUGGCGAGGACGACUCUUAAGCACAUGUUGGGGUUUUAGAACUCUCGUCCCAUUAUUUCUUUAUCUAGGCGCUUGUCUUUGAUCAAACUUUUCACCAGAUCCUUUCCCUUAGAAUCUUCCAGCACAUGUUCACUGUUGUACCCAACUUUAUCCUUCCCAUGUUCAUUAAUUCUGCCCUGCGCCUAGUUCCUUUCCUACUUCCUUCAAUUCUCCUAGUAGUUAUAUUAAGUCUCCUGUAAUUUUGCUCUUUUAAUUUUGAUACCUCUUUAUGACUUAACAAUAAAAAGGAUGUAUGGUUUUUA